CCCUUUUCCCGACAUAUCCGGGAUAUGGCGUCUCCAAAAAAGAUGACCUGUGUGGCAGUAAAUCAUUCACUGGAUGAGUUGGAAGCGAACAUCGUUCGUUGUACAGCAUGUUGUCCGGGUGAUUGUCGUUCGUACCAUUGCCCACUCUGUCCACCAGAUCUUUUCAAGCCUGCCAAGGCAUGCAAAGUGAAGGUUCAUUUGAAAACACACUGGAAGUGUCGAAUUCCACGGAGAACAGCUGAUGAAGAAGAGGAAGGAGAGCGACACCAACAAGAUGUCUAUUCUGUCACAUGUCGCCUGACGCAUCAAAACAUUGAAGGAACACACUUUCAUUGUGUGCAUUGUGAGCGUCAAAUAAGGAGGAAGAAUGAUGCAAUCAGUCACAUGAAAAAGUGUAGUAAGAAAAGUGUCAUUAAUGAGGAAGAGCAAGAUCUUGACCAUGGUGAAAGCAGGGACCAGACAUGCCAAAACAGCUCUCCUGAUGUAGUGUUAGAAGAUAUUGAUCAUGAUUACUCUAGGCCUUCAGAUGAUAAGCCAUCUAUCACGAAAAAGGUGAAAUGUUCUCAUUGUGGUGGCCUUUAUUCAAAGAAGUACAUCAGACAGCAUGAGCGGAUACAUCUGGUUAAGCAGCAGUCAAUGCAAGUGAGGGUCUGUAUACUGCAGCCAAAAAACUUAGUGGAGCGUAUACUCCUGUUCAUGUGAAAAAAAUUAGUGGUGGUCAGGGUGCAACUUCUGAAUGUGAAGAUAACCAUUGUCAACAGCAGAAGGAGGCUGCUAACAGAGGAGACAAUUUGGCUUUUGAAUGCUGCCAUGUAAGGUCCAUACCGUACGCCGAGCCUGGUCGCACUGUUGACCUGCGUCCUUCUUCCCUAGAGGAACUUGUAGCUGGGAAGUACAUCAAGGCUGAACAGUCUGAUGAGGCAAAUGUGUUGCAAGUGACUGCUCAUGAAAAAGGUGUGCCUCUGGUAGUUUAUUUACCACCUCCUCCGAAUGUCCAACAACAACACAUCUACCUGUCUGUUUUGACCAAAAACAUCAGGUAUUACAGUCGAUUCAAGCGAACAAUUGUAUGGUUUCACAAACCAACAAAGAGCAUGCAUUGCAGAUGCUGCAGACAAAAACGUGGAUGUGUGCAUAAAGUGAUUGCAAAAUGGUUCCUUUUCCAAGAAAUGCGUCAUUUGAUUGGAAGGGCACCAAGUGAUGACGAAGAUGAGGAUGGCAGCUGUGUCAGUCCUGGUUCUGAAAAUGAAGAGGGAGUUAAAGGACAACUUAACUCUGGUUAUCCGCCUCAGGACAAGGAUGUGCUGGAGGCUAUGAUUUUGUAUUUAAUUGUAUAAGGCCAGGGACACAUACAAUGCUUUUUUCACCUGGUGGUGCCUGGCUGUGGAGGUAACCUUCUCUGGACCAUUUCAAGAGAAAUGACUAUGAAAUGUUCUGUUAUUAACACAGUUUACCCAAUAUUGAACAGACUCAAAUUUUUAUUUGUUCAAGUAAUCAAAUGUAUAAGGCCAGGGACACAUACUGCUUUUUUCACUUGGUGGUGCCUGGCUGUGGAGGUAACCUGCUCUCGACCAUUUCAAGAGAAAUGACUAUGAAAUGUUCUGUUAUAAACACAGUUUACCCAAUAUUGAACAGACUCAAAUUUUUUUUGUUCAAGUAAUCAAAUGUAUAAGGCCAGGGACACAUACAAUGCUUUUUUCACUUGGUGGUGCCUGGCUGUGGAGGUAACCUGCUUUCGACCAUUUCAAGAGAAAUGACUAUGAAAUGUUCUGUUAUUAACACAGUUUACCCAAUAUUGAACAGAUUCAAAGUUUUAUUUGUUCAAGUAAUCGAAUGUAUAAGGCCAGGGACACAUACACUGCUUUUUUCACUUGGUGGUGCCUGGCUGUGGAGGUAACCCGCUCUCGACCAUUUCAAGAGAAAAGACUAUGAAAUGUUCUGUUAUUAACACAGUUUACCCAAUAUUGAACAGACUCAAAGUUUUAUUUGUUCAAGUAAUCAAAUGUAUAAGGCCAGGGACACAUACAUUGCUUUUUUCACUUGGUGGUGCCUGGCUGUGGAGGUAACCUGCUCUCGACCAUUUCAAGUGAAAUGACUAUGAAAUGUUCUGUAAUGAACACAGUUUGCCCAAUAUUGAACAGAUUGGGUUAUUGAUCAGUUUGGAAGAAACUUCUUUGAAAUAUUCAAUAUUGGGUGGAUUGUGGUAAUAACUUUAUAGUCAUUUUACUUAAAAAGUCAAGAGUGGUAUUCAUUGAUUGUAGUCACAGUGUAAAAUGUUCAAUUCUCAUCAGGAGGUUUUUAUUAAUAGAUAUGCGAAUGUGUCCACUGAACAAAAUUGUUGUAAUUCAAAUGAUGUCUAUUGAUUGAUUAAUAAAUACAUCUUUAAAACUAAA